AUGGAUUAUAAGAUGGAUGGAUAUUUGGACCAGCAAGUGCCUUACACUUUAGCAAAUAAGUCGCAUGGAAAUGGGCCCCUAAAUAGACUGUUGAUGGCUGCGAAAAGGAAAUACAUGGACACAGAAUUACCCCCUCAGGAAUCUGAAGACCUCUUCCAGGAUUUAAGCCAACUCCAAGAGACAUGGCUCACAGAAGCUCAGGUUCCUGACAGUGACGAGCAAUUUGUUCCUGAUUUCCACUCUGAGAACUCGGUGGCAUUUCACAGCCCUCCAGUCACCAUCAAGAAGGAACCGCAGAGCCCGGGCUCCGACCCCAGCCAGUCCUGCAGCCACAAGCAGAGCUUCAGCUACCCCAGUGGAGAGCAGUGCCUUUAUGCCAGUGCCUAUGAGCAGAAAAGGGCUGCAGGCGGGGCCAAGAGCUCCUGCCCAGGGACCCCCAUGUCUCCCAUGCAGCAGCAUUACUCCCCGAAACCUGCCACGGCCGGACGGCCCGACGCUGGCUACAUGAACCCCGCUGCCACCUCCCAGCCACUGCCCAGCAACAGCUACCCCAUCAACACCAGUACCAGGUAUCAGGGCCCUUCAGGAGACCCCAUGUGCCCCCAGUUCCCACCACAGGGUCAGGCCUUCCAGCGCAUGCCAUCUGCCCCUGCGGGACAUGGCAGCAGUGGAGCUGGAGCCGGCGGGAGUGGAGGUCCAGGGGGCGGAGGUGGUGGUGGUGGUGGUGGCAGCGGUGGAGGUGGAGGUGGUUAUCAUCGGCAGCACUCUGACCCCUGCAUGCCCUACCUGCAGCAGAGCUUUAAGCAAGAGUACCUGGACCCGUUGUACGAGCGGGUGGCCCACAUGGCAGGGUCCGGGCACGGCAGCGGUCCAGGACACGGACACGGACAGGGGCAUGGAUCUCACCCCCACCCUCACCCUCACCCCCACCCUCACCCUCACCCCCACCCGCAUCCACACUCACACCCGCAUCAACACAGGUUCCCACCAGCUCACAUGAUGGUCAAGCAGGAGCCCACAGACUACACCUACGAGCCUGAUGUGCCUGGAUGUCCCUCUAUGUACCACCACAACGAGGGCUACCCAAACCCCCAGCACAGCAGUGAAGGCUAUCUCUUUGAAAAUGACUCCCGUGUGGUUCCAGAGAAGUUCGAAGGUGAGGUGAAGCAGGAGGGCGGUGGAGUUUUUCGCGAGGGAACACCUUACCAGCGCCGCGGCUCCCUGCAGCUCUGGCAGUUCCUGGUGGCCCUGCUGGACGACCCCGGCAACGCCCACUUCAUCGCCUGGACCGGCCGCGGCAUGGAGUUCAAACUCAUCGAGCCCGAAGAGGUUGCCAGGCUGUGGGGCAUGCAGAAGAACCGUCCAGCCAUGAACUACGACAAGCUCAGCCGCUCUCUGCGCUACUACUACGAGAAGGGAAUCAUGCAGAAGGUGGCAGGGGAGCGCUACGUUUACAAGUUUGUGUGUGAGCCCGAAGCCCUCAUCUCGCUGGCCUUCCCCGACAAUCAGCGGCCCAGCCUGAAGGCCGAGUUCGAGCGCUACGUCAACGAGGAGGACACGGUGCCGCUUUCCCACCUGGACGAGGGGGUGCCCUACACCGCCGAACAAGCCCCCCAGAACAUGGGCGCCCAGCCCUACUCCAAAGGCUACAUGUACUAAAGCCAGUUUCCUCCCACCUCCCUCUGCUCUUUCCUCCCCUCCACCUUCAGAAAUCCUCCUGUUGUACCGACCCAUCAUCAUACACCCCUCCCCCCCCUCCCCCCCCCCCGGAAACCCCCAUGCACCUCUUGCACAUGCCCACCCCAUCCACUUGUAUAUAAGGCUAUGGUGUUUUUUUGUUUUAAAUUAAUCUCAUUAGGGAUUUUUUUGUUUUGUUUUGUUUCUUUUUUUUUUUUGUUUUUAAGAGCUGCAUUCCUCUCACAUCUGAGGCCUAUUCGAUCCAUAAACAUGACUGUGGUUGAUGAGAUUGCUUAAUAAAUACCCAUAAUAAUACCCAAACUGAA